AUGGAGCAUACAGUAUCCCCCGCGCGCGCACAAGUCCGCCCUGCCAAACUUUCCUAUUCUGUCUUUCCGUCCUCUAUUUUAUUUUUCCUUUUUCCCUUUGCUUGGUUUGGUUCGUCUCCCCCCGCGAGCGGUUUAAGUGAGUUUCGAUCAUUUAGACUAUUAUUAUCCGAGAUGAUGCUGGAUGAUCGAAGACAGCUAACUUACAACCACCACAUCUACAACUACUCGUACUGGUACAACCACGGCGACUACUGUCCGCCUUGACUUGACUGAUGCCUGGUUUUACUGGUUCUAUUGAUUUUAUGAGAGGAGUUUGGUCGAUUGCGAGAGAAAAAGUUGUCAGCCUCGGAGCCCCGUGUCCAAAAGACUGUCGUUGAACAGAUAAUGGAAGUUAUUAACUCCUUCGACUCGGGCUCCCAUUGGUUGCCGGGUAAACAGCACUAUCCUGCCAAGGACCGGUCUUGAAGUCGAUUCCCUUUCUGUACCCGUGCACCCCCAAGGCAACAAGGUUCGCGAAAUGUGAGACAUCUGACUAAGCAGAUUGACGAAAACCUUUUGCCUACCGACUGUAAAUUAGAUUCGCUCAACGGCGGAGCCAAAAUUCCCUAUUUUCCUCCUUUUCCCAUAGGAAAAUAGAAUUCUUGCCUGGGGCUCUCACCGUACUCAGAUCAUGCGGGGAUCGACCUGAACUUUCCAGCCGUCGAUAGAAGUUCGUAUUCUAUCUACCAUUGGAUUGUCCUCAACAAAGCUUCAUCUCACCGCGAUGCGCCCUUCUGCAAAGCAACCGUUACUAUAAUACCGAAAAGAUUAAAAGUAAUUAACCCCUUUUCCAUUUCCCUCCUUUUUCUUCCCUCUCCUCUUCUGGUCUUUCCCUUCCCAAUUACCCACUACUGUACUGUACCGUACCAAAUCCAGCCACUUUGCCAUCUUGAGGGCCAAGCUCCUUCCUUUUCCUCCAAUCUUCCCCCGACUGAACUUGCCUAUUUUGCCCAUCCCGCAAACCUCAACGCACAGCACUAUUCUCACCUCUUCCUGCCAGAAACGGCUUCCCAGACCAGUAACAGUGGUGACCUGAGGAUUCCUGAAGCUGGUCAGCUGCGGAUCCAAGUUUAUAUCGACUUAGGAUAGCUACAACAACAAAAUGGAUCUCUCCGAAAAUUCAACCUCUGCACGCAGGGUUUGUGUACAUCCUCUGGUUGA